AUGUGUCUGUUUGCAUGUGCUUGCAUUGUGAUUAGCUUUUUGGGGGGAGUGAGCUCUUCGUGUCCGUCUCAGUGUACCUGUGAUUAUCACGGCAGGAAUGACGGCUCAGGAUCAAGGUCAGUGCUAUGUAAUGAUCUGGACAUGAAUGAAGUCCCCACCAACAUCCCCGUGGACACGGCCAAGCUUCGCAUCGAGAAGACCGUCAUCCACAGCAUCCCUGCUGAGGCUUUCUACUACCUGGUGGAGCUCCGCUACCUCUGGCUCACAUACAACUCUGUGGCCAGCGUGGAACCCAGCAGCUUCUACAACCUGAAGGAGCUGCAUGAGCUGCGCUUGGAUGGGAACUCUCUGGCCACCUUCCCUUGGGCCUCUCUGUCUGACAUGCCCCAUCUGAAGACCCUGGACUUGCACAAUAACAGAAUAACUAGUGUGCCAAAUGAGGCAGGCAGGUAUCUGAAGAACCUUGCCUACUUGGAUUUAUCAAGCAACAGACUAACCACGCUACCCCCAGAUUUCAUGGAGAGCUGGUCACACUUAGCUAGGACUCCUCCCAGAAGCCCAGACCUUUCACCAAGAAGAAUUAUUCUUGGUCUGCAGGACAACCCUUGGUUCUGUGACUGUCACAUCUCCACAGUGAUUGAGCUGUCCAAGGUUGUCAGCCCUACUGUGGUGCUUCUUGACACCCUCAUGGUUUGCAAUGAGCCUGAGCGCCUCACUGGGAUCCUAUUUCAGAGGGCCGAGCUGGAGCACUGUCUGAAGCCUUCGGUGAUGGCCUCAGCCACCAAGAUCACAUCCGCCCUGGGCAGUAACAUUCUGCUGCGGUGUGAUGCCACUGGCUACCCGACCCCACAGCUCACAUGGACCAGAUCUGAUGGCUCGCUAGCUAAUUACACAGUAAUUCAAGAAUCUCCAGGAGAUGGAGUCAGAUGGUCCAUAAUAAGCUUGACAGGCAUUUCUUACAAGGAUGCUGGGGAUUACAAAUGCAAGGCCAAAAAUUUGGCUGGGAUGUCUGAAGCUGUGGUGACAGUGACGGUAGUUGGUAUUGUCAACACCACCCUAUCACCUGACACUUCUGAAAGCAGAAGGAGUGGUCACCCUGAGGCAGAGGCACGGCCAGGAUCUGGACACUUGACAUCCACACCCACUUCACGGUCAUCCUCCUGGUCCUCUUUCUCCUCUUCUUCCACUUCUCUUUCUGCUUCCACUUUGUCUCCUCCCUCCACUGCUUCCUUCUCUUCAUCUCCUUUCAUGUCCACUGUUUCUUUAAUGACCCUGAGAAGCAGCAUUUUGUCAGGCGAGACCAGAGCGAGCAGGCAGUCUCUGCAGCUGCACCCACAUGGGAAAACAGACGUGAAGGCAGAGAAGAGCGGAGGCGAGCUUCCUCCAGCCAGUGCCAGUAAGAAAGAGGAGCGGGCACUGCUGGGUCAUGCAACACCCAUGGAGACGAACGCCACCAUAGAGGACCUGAGGGUGGUCAGCGAGACAGAGGAGAGUGUGACUCUGACAUGGAACAGUGUCAAUGCCACACAUCCUUCUGCAGUGACAGUGCUGUAUUCCAAGUACGGUGAGAAGGACCUGCUGCUGUUGAAUGCAGACUCCAGCGAGAACCAAGUUACCAUAGAUGGCUUGGAGCCGGGUAGGCGAUACGUGGCAUGUGUGUGUCCCAGAGGGAUGCCUCCCCAGAAGGACCACUGUGUCACUUUUUCCACCGACAGAGCGGGAGAAGAUGACCCCCAAUGGAUUUUCCUCAUCAUAGUGACCAGUGCUGCCUGUGUUGUUGCAGUGCCGCUAAUUUGUUUCUUACUGUAUAAAGUUUGCAAACUACAGUGUAAGCCAGAAUCCUUCUGGGAAGAUGAUUUGGCAAAAGAGACUUAUAUCAGGUUUGAGACCCUGUCACCCAGGUCUCAAAGCGUAGGGGAUCUCUGGACACGAAAGUGCAGAGAUGACUCAGAGAAAUUGUUGCUGUGCUCUAGGUCGAGCGUGGAAUCACAGGCGACUUUGAAAAGUGAGAGCUGCAGACCAGAGUAUUAUUGCUGA